AUGGCUUCCAAUCCACUAUCCAGACUCUUAAUUCUUCUCGCCAUCACAAUAUUCUGCGCCAUCCCUAUCUCCGCACAAACAGCCACAACGGCACCACGAACCCUCUCCAACAGCACCUCCAGCACACGCACAAGCACUUCUCGCUCCAGCGCUUUCACCUCAAACGCACCUCCAGACGUCUACCUCAACGUCCCCGAACUCCAUGUCGGCCGCAUCGAACUCACCGUCGAAAAACUAUCUGCAGACCUCAAUCUCAAUGCCAAAGUCGCAAACCUGGUGCAAUUGAAUGCCGGAGUACAAGUUGCCGUGGAAAAAGUGAACAUUACCAUUGCAGAGGUGGAUGCAGAGGUUGAGUUGGUCAUCAGACUUGGUCACCUCGUUGAUAUCGUGGGUCGUGUCUUCGACUCUUUGGAUCUCAACCCUCUCCUCAUCUCCACAAUUGGCAAUGCGACCCAACUUGUCGGCAAUGUGGUCGGCGACGUCAUCGGCGCAGUAGACGGACUCCUCGGUUCCAUCACUCAAGGAGGAAAAACCCUCAACUUUGUCGUCGACAAUCUCGGAAACAUCGUUCAGGAGGUCGGAGGUGUGAGCAGCAUUGUUGGAGACUUUACGAGAAACAUGACUCAGACUGGCACGAGCAAGAGUGUUGGGCAGGGCUUGACGCAAAAUGAGUACAAGUAUUCGCCGUUGAAUGCCUUGGUGGAUAUCGUCUUCAAUGAAGCGGGUCAAGUCGUGCAGGCUGUGGUCCAGAAGAAGAACGGUGGAAGCAGCAGCAGUGGAGGUGGCGUCAGAUCAAACUCGACAAUUUCUGCUGCUCCCAUGCAAAAGCACUAG